AUGCUAUCCAAAAGGUUACAUCAUAAAACUUACUCAUCAGAAACAUCUCCUUUAGAACUCUAUGCUUUAUCUACUCAAAGAGAUUAGCAUCAGUUCUCUAAGUCUCCCACUUUCCAUUCAAAUUUUAAAGUAAUCAAAUCUAAAUUUUAUAGACUAAUAAACAAAUCACAUUUCAAAAGCCUUAAUUACUUAAAUAGAAUGCUUCUCCACAAUAGUAUUAAUAAUCGUAAAAUAUUCUUGCUAUUAUUUGAGGAAAACAAUAUCGAAAUUUCAAUAAUAAGAUCUCCUUAAAUCCAAAGGCUUUAUAUCUCCAUAGUCUAUAAGUUCCACCUAAAUAUUACUACAAUCCAAUUUAAUCAAUAAAUAAUAGUACCCUAAUCAAAUCAAAACAUAACCCUAAUCCUAACAUAAUACUUAAUACUAAAAUUUUGGAGUUGGAUUAGAAACUGAAGAUCAUAAAACAAAUUAGUUUAUUUAAUAAAAUCAAAAACCCUCAGAAAUCUUUCAAAUUCAAUAAUCUAAAAAGAAUUCAUUAUCUCAAAAAUAAAAGACUGAAAUAGCUUUUUAAGACCUUUUGAAAAAAUAAUAUGUUGACAGUUAAUCAUCAAAUCCUUUCCAUCCAAUUCAAUAGUCUUUAAUUUCUUAGAACUCUUAAAUGAUAUCCUUACAUUAGAAUUUAUUUCAUUCCAAAAGUAAUGGAUUAUCAAUAGUUCCUAUUUUAUAAUGUAAUUCUCCCUAAGAAACUUUAAAUGAACUUCAAUAAUUUGAAUCUCUUACUGCAAGGUAUUUUUUCCCAUUUUAAAUUAUAGGAAGAACACUCUUCUUUUAAUCAUUUUACAAUACAAAAUGUUCCGAUUAAAAUUACAAAUUGAAACAUCUAAUAAAACUAUUCAAAAUUUAAUUGAUUUAGUAAGUUAAGAAAUUUAUAAAAACUUUAAAGACUUAUAAUUAAAAAUUAUAGGAAUUUAAACAUAUAAUCUUUAUAUUCCAAUAGAUUAUAUUUUAUCUUUGAGUGAUAAACCUUUAAUAAUUUUUGAUAAUUGUUAAAUCAGACCUUUAGUAAUUAAACCUGUUUUUGAAAUUGAAAAUGAAAUUUAAACUUCCAAAGUUAGCCUUAAAGAUUUUGAAUUUAUCAAAUGUAUUGGUAUGGGUGGAUUCUCAAAAGUUUAUUUAGUUAAAGAAAGAAAAACUGGAAAAUAUUUUGCAAUGAAAUUAAUUGAAAAAAAUCCAAUUAUAUAAUAAAAUAGACAUAGUAUAAUACAAAAUGAAAGAAAUAUUAUGUGUUUGAUAGAUCAUCCUUUUAUAGUUAAAAUGUAAUUUGCAUUUGAAUCUAAAACAUUCUUUGUUUUUGUUUAAGAGUACUGUUCUGGAGGGGAACUGUUUUUUUUACUUAGAAAAGUAACUAAUUUAAUUUAAAUAGAUCAAAAGAAUGAGUGAGAAAGAUGCUUUUUUUUAUUUUUCUGAAAUUUGUUUAGGAAUGAAAACUCUUCAUUCUAACAAUGUUAUAUAUAGAGACAUUAAACCUGAAAAUAUUUUAAUUGAUUUAGAUGGACAUAUAAGAAUAGCUGAUUUUGGAUUAUCUAAACCUGAUAUGAUUGAUACAGAAAAUGCUUAUUCAUUUUGUGGUUCCUCUGAAUAUAUGGCACCAGAAAUGCUUUUAAAAAGUGGACAUACAUUUUAAUUAGAUUUAUAUUGUCUAGGAGCAUUACUUUAUGAAUUAAUUACUGGAUUACCUCCUUUCUAUUCAAGAAAUCUUGAUGAAAUAUAUUAAAGAAUAUUGCAUUCUAAAUUAACCUUUCCUCCAUAGUUAUAAUUAUCCUCAUCAAUUAAACAUCUUUUAACCAAUUUAUUAGCUAAAAAUCCUAAGGAUAGAAUUGAUUCAAUUGAUACUUUAUUAAAUCAUCCAUGGAUGACUCAAUGGGGUGAUUCAAAUUUAUAUAAAGAUAUUUAUUUAAAAAAAUUUAAACCUCCUCAUUCUCCUGAUUAUUUCAGUUUCAAUUUUGAUGAAAAAGAAUUUGGAAAAGGAGAAAGUGAAUUUUUAGCAUUUAUUAAACCUUUACAAUAAAGUAUGCAAGAAAAUUUUCCUAAAGAAACAAUUUUGAAAGAAUUUUAUUAUUAAAAAUAAGAAAAUUUAAGUGAAAAAGAAGUUUAAAUAAAUUAAAAAUUAUAAUAAAAAAAAAAUCAAAAAUAAAACAUUAAAUAAAUAAAUAAUUAAGAGGAGAAUCAUUAAAUUCUUCAAAAUUUUCAAAUAUAUAAGAAUAAAACUUAAUAAAGAUUUAUUACAGAGGUUGAACAAAAAUAAUAAGGAAUAUGA